CGGGAAGGUAAGAUCGAAUGCUCUCAUGCUCGCGCGCGUUCUGGAUUUUGCAGCGUUGGAGGACUGGCGGGGGGAUGGAGGGAUUGGGACGGCAGUGCGGUCUUUUGUGGUGCUAAUUGGAAACAGUCAUUGGGACGCUGAAGGGCUACGAUCAGCUCAUGAAUCUGGUGCUGGAUGAGGCGAAGGAGAUUACGAAAGACGACGAAGGCAACGAGGACUCGAGAGAUCUGGGCCUGCUAGUCGCCCGCGGCACGCUCCUCGUCCUUAUUUCCCCGAUCGACGGCAAAGAGGAGAUCGCGAACCCGUUCCUGAACGCUGACGACGACGAUUGAGAGAUGCGAAAUGGGAUACGUGCUCUUGCGACUACCUUACGGGCG